GGGCGCUUUCUCCAUCGUUCGGAGAUGCGUGAAGGUGUUGGCAGGACAAGAGUAUGCAGCCAAGAUCAUCAACACCAAGAAGCUGUCUGCUCGAGAUCACCAGAAGCUGGAACGAGAAGCUCGGAUCUGCCGUCUCCUGAAGCACCCCAACAUCGUGAGGCUCCACGACAGCAUCUCAGAAGAGGGCCACCACUACCUGAUAUUUGACCUGGUCACUGGCGGGGAGCUGUUUGAGGACAUUGUGGCCAGGGAAUACUACAGCGAAGCAGAUGCCAGCCACUGCAUCCAGCAGAUCCUGGAGGCUGUCCUGCACUGCCAUCAGAUGGGGGUGGUCCACCGGGAUCUGAAGCCUGAGAACCUGCUGCUGGCAUCCAAGCUGAAGGGUGCUGCUGUCAAACUGGCUGACUUUGGCCUUGCCAUUGAGGUGGAGGGGGACCAGCAAGCGUGGUUUGGUUUCGCUGGCACCCCGGGAUACCUGUCCCCCGAGGUGCUCCGUAAGGACCCCUACGGCAAAGCUGUGGACCUGUGGGCUUGUGGCGUCAUCCUCUACAUCCUGCUGGUUGGGUACCCGCCCUUUUGGGAUGAAGACCAGCACCGACUCUACCAGCAGAUCAAGGCUGGGGCUUAUGAUUUCCCCUCCCCUGAAUGGGACACAGUCACUCCUGAAGCAAAAGAUCUCAUCAACAAGAUGUUGACCAUAAACCCAUCCAAGCGCAUCACGGCAGCGGAGGCUCUGAAGCACCCCUGGAUAUCGCACCGUGCCACCGUCGCAUCAUGCAUGCACAGGCAGGAGACGGUGGAUUGUCUGAAGAAGUUCAAUGCCCGGAGGAAGCUGAAGGGAGCCAUCCUCACCACCAUGCUGGCCACCAGGAACUUCUCCG